GAAGAGGGCGUUAUGUGACGUUUAGACGUGAAUUAACGCAUGUGUGUAUAUAUUCUGGCAAUACCUUAUGAUAUUUCGUUAAUUGACAUUUGUAGAAGUAACAAUCGAAUUAUUUUUUGUAUAUAAUAGAAACACAAAAUAUAACUUUCCCUAAUCAUCAGGUACUGUAGAAUGAAGGCAAAAGAACAAUUACCAAGAUUUACAAACACCAUAAGAGCUUUUUCUGAUGUUGCUGCUGCACACAAUUUGCAUGAAACAGAAGAUCUUAUUCUUCUCAUGAGAAAACGAAAAAUGAAAGCUGAAAGAAGUGCUAAGAGUAGUUAUCCACAAUGGAAAAAUAUUAAAACUACUUUUGAAGAUGUUACUUUAGUAUCUAAAGAUGAAGUUAAAACAGCUCUUCGAGAAUUAUUAAAAUUAGCAACAGAAAUUGCUGGAGCUGAAUCAAGUCAAGAAAUGAUUGAAGGAACAGCAGCUUAUUUGUUUGAAAUGUUUCACAAUUGUGAAGUGUUAAGUGAAAGGCAAGCUUUUCAACUUAAAAAGAUAUUUGGUUCUUUUCCAUCUUCUGUUGCAAGUAAAGUUUCCAGACUUGUUAGUAAAAUGUUUUCUUGGUUGAGUGAUGAAACACAACAAAAGCUUUUUCAUAAAGAUGUGAAUGAUAUCAAUAAACUUAUGGAUAAAGAGUUUGGACAUAAAAUUGCAUUUGUUGGAUUACAGCCUUUAUGUGAUAAUGAUAUCAUCUUGAAGAUUGAUGAAAACGAGAAUUUUAAGAAACAAUCUGACCUUAAUUUUUCAUUAGAAUAUUUAAAAGAAUGUGAAAAACGCAAGAAAGAUGAAACUACAGAAGCUGCAGAUUAUUCAAAAUUAAAUGAUAAUAAGCGAUGUGAUUUUUCUUGGUUAGAAAGGACAGUUGGCCAAGCGUAUGGCAAUUCUCAAAAUAAUCCAUUAGGAUCAGUUAAGGAUAUUGUUCAGACACUAAUGACUCUCUUGAAUUCAUCAAGAUCUGAUGAUGAAUUACAAAAUGAUCUGUUUGAUUACUUAGGUUAUGAAAACAUCAGUUUAAUAGAAGUUAUUUUGCAAAAAAGAAAAGAAAUUACUAAUAGUAGAGCAUUUGAUUCUAUUGAAGUACCUCUUUCUUAUCAAACAAUUGAUCAUAGGCCAAAUUAUGGCUGUCAAGUUACAGUUCAAUCAGAAGAAGAAAAAAUGAUUAAAAAAUUAAUCAGAAAAGAAGAAAGGAAGAUACAGAGGGAUGAAGCAAAAACAAGUAAAGAUAGUGUAGAUAAUUUUCUAUUUGAUCCAGCAGCGUUAAGAAAACAAAGAGAAGCAGAAUUACUUAAAAGUGUGCAAGUUCCUUUAUACAAGAAAGUAGUUCCCAUUCAAAGAGAAAAAUUUCCUUAUGUUUUUGAUAUUUAUUCAGAAUCAAAACUAACUUCUGCAUUUAUCAGUGGAAAUAAGUUAAUACUUCCAGUUGGACAUAAACAAAUAAACAAUUCAAAAUAUCAAGAAGUAAUAAUACCAGUUAGUGAUCCACCUCCUGCAGAUAUUGGAAGCACAUUAAUAUCAGUAGAAACAUUAGAUGAGGUUGGUCAAUUAGGUUUCAAAGGAAUGAAAACAUUGAAUAGAAUACAAUCAGUUGUAUUUAAUACAGCUUAUAAUACAAAUGAAAAUUUACUUAUUUGUGCUCCAACAGGAGCUGGUAAAACAAAUAUUGCUAUGUUGACAGUACUACAUGAAUUAAAACAACAUAUGGAAAAUAGAGUUUUGAAACAUAAUAAUUUUAAGAUAGUUUACAUUGCUCCAAUGAAAGCCCUUGCAUCUGAAAUGACUAGAAAUUUUAGCAGAAGACUUGACGUUUUUAAUGUAAUUGUUCGAGAGUUGACAGGAGAUAUGCAAUUAACAAAAAAAGAAAUUAAUCAAACUCAGAUGAUAGUGACAACACCUGAAAAAUGGGAUGUUGUAACAAGAAAGGCAACAGGAGAUAUUGCUUUAGCUCAGCUAGUACGUUUAAUUAUAAUUGAUGAAGUACAUUUAUUACAUGGAGAUAGAGGUCCAGUAUUGGAAGCGAUAGUUGCUAGAACCCUUCGACAGGUAAUAACACUUAAAAUGAUAGUGACAACACCUGAAAAAUGGGAUGUUGUAACAAGAAAGGCAACAGGAGAUAUUGCUUUAGCUCAGCUAGUACGUUUAAUUAUAAUUGAUGAAGUACAUUUAUUACAUGGAGAUAGAGGUCCAGUAUUGGAAGCGAUAGUUGCUAGAACCCUUCGACAGGUUAUGGUUUUUGUUCAUGCCAGGAAUGCUACUGUUCGGACAGCAAUGGUUCUUAAAGAUAUAGCUCAACAGAAAAAUCAGUUAUAUUUAUUUCAAGCUGAACAAAAUGUGCAAUAUUUUGCUGCAGACAAGCAGCUAAGUAAAUCUAGGAAUAAACAAUUGUAUGAAUUGUUUCAUUAUGGAUUUUCUAUUCAUCAUGCUGGGAUGUUAAGAACUGAUAGGAAUUUAGUUGAGAAAUUUUUUCAUGAUGGUUUAAUCAAAGUCUUAGUAUGCACUUCUACUCUUGCUUGGGGUGUGAAUCUACCUGCUCAUACAGUUAUAAUAAGGGGUACAGAGAUUUAUGAUUCAAAACAUGGUCAAUUUGUAGAUCUAGAUAUUUUGGAUGUAAUGCAAAUAUUUGGAAGAGCUGGACGACCACAAUUUGAUAAAUAUGGAGAAGGAACUAUUAUAACAUCUUAUGAUAAAUUGAAUCAUUAUCUUUCUCUUCUUACUAGUCAGUUGCCAAUAGAAAGUAAAUUUAAUGAAAAUCUUGCCAAUAAUUUAAAUGCAGAGAUAGCAUUAGGAACAGUUUCAAAUAUUCAAGAAGGAGUGGAAUGGCUGAUAUAUACUUAUUUCUACAUUAGAAUGAGGCGCAAUCCACAAGUGUAUGGAUUAAAAUAUGGAGCCGAAAAGACUGAUCCAUAUCUUCACAAUCAUUUAACCGAAUUGAUUGAAAAAUGUGCCAUGGAAUUAGAUAAAACUAGAAUGAUACGUUUUGAUAGGAUAUCAGGAUGUUUAAGUUCAACAGAUAUGGGUAGAACUGCAAGCCAUUUUUAUAUCAAAUAUGACACUAUAAUGUUGUUCAAUGAAUGUUUGAAACCAGCUAUGACAGAAGAAGAAGUUUUAGCAUUAAUUUCAGAAGCACAUGAAUUUGAUCAAUUAAAGGUUCGAGAUGAUGAAUUAGGCGAAUUGGACAAAUUAGAGUAUAAUGGUUGUUGGUGUAAAGUACGCGGUGGUAGCGAAAAUACACAUGGAAAAGUAAAUAUUCUGCUUCAGUCAUACAUAUCAAGAGCUCGUCUAGAAGGAUUUUCUCUAAUUUCUGAUCAAGCGUACGUAGUUCAGAAUGCUACUCGUAUCAUUCGUGCGUUAUUUGAAAUUGUUCUUCGCAAAAACUUUGCGAUCAUGUCGGGAAGACUUCUUCAAAUUAGUAAAAGUAUAGAAAAACAGUUAUGGGGUUUUAUGUCUCCUCUUCAUCAGUUCACAGAUAUAAGUUAUGAACUGUUGGAAAAAAUUGACAAAAAACAUUUAACGAUUGAUAAAAUUAAAGAAAUGACUCACCAAGAAGUUGGCCAUAUGAUUCAACAUGUAAAAAUGGGAAUGACGAUUAAGCAGUAUGCGGAAUCUAUUCCUUCAGUAAUGGUUGAGGCUGAAAUUCAACCAAUUACACGUACUGUUAUAAGAGUAAAAAUUGAAAUUGUUCCAGAUUUCAGAUGGAAUGAUAGAUUGCAUGGGAGCACUGAACCAUUCUGGUUAUGGAUAGAAGAUCCAGAUCAUGAUUAUAUUUAUCAUUCUGAAUACUUUCUACUUUCUAAAAAGCAGGUUAUUCGCAAAGAAACUCAACUCUUAGUGUGCACCAUUCCUAUCACUGAACCAUUACCCACUCAGUAUAUGAUACAUAUUACUUCUGAUCGAUGGAUAGGAUCAGAAUAUACGUUUCCAAUUUCUUUUAAACAUCUUAUUCUACCAGAUGAUCAUCCACCACUUACAGAACUUUUGGAUCUUCAACCUCUUCCUGUUUCAGCCUUGGAUGACAUUUAUUUUGAAUCUGUGUAUAAAUUCACUCAUUUUAAUCCCGUACAAACACAGAUAUUUCAUACAUUAUAUCAUACUGAUGUUAAUGUAUUGCUAGGAGCUCCUACUGGAUCUGGAAAAACUAUUGCAGCUGAAAUUGCCAUGUUUCGACUAUUUCAAAAUUAUCCUGGUACAAAGACUGUGUAUAUUGCACCUUUAAAAGCUCUUGUGAGAGAGAGAAUAAAAGAUUGGCAAAUAAGAUUUGAACGGCAAUUAGGCAGAAGGUGUGAAGAUCGUGGGCCUGUGUUAGAAGUAAUUGUAUCUCGAACUAAUUUCAUAUCUGCUCAUACGGAAAGGAAAAUUCGAAUAAUUGGCCUGUCGACGGCUUUGGCAAAUGCCGGAGAUUUGGGUGAAUGGUUGGGUAUUAAACAGUUUAAUUAUUUAACAGGUGAAGAUCGUGGGCCUGUGUUAGAAGUAAUUGUAUCUCGAACUAAUUUCAUAUCUGCUCAUACGGAAAGGAAAAUUCGAAUAAUUGGCCUGUCGACGGCUUUGGCAAAUGCCGGAGAUUUGGGUGAAUGGUUGGGUAUUAAACAGUUGGGAUUAUAUAACUUUCGACCUUCCGUUCGGCCGGUUCCCUUAGAAGUUCACAUUUCUGGAUAUCCUGGUAAACAUUAUUGUCCUCGUAUGGCCCUCAUGAAUAAACCUACAUAUCAAGCCAUUUGCCAGCAUUCUCCAACAAAGCCCGUUCUUAUCUUUGUAUCGUCUAGACGUCAGACGAGACUGACUGCACUUGAUUUAAUUGCUUUCUUGGCAGCAGACAAUAAUCCUAGGCAAUGGAUUAAUAUUGCAGAAGAUGAGAUGGAUAAUGUAUUACAAAAUGUUCGUGACCAAAACUUGAAACUUACUUUGUCAUUUGGCAUCGGACUUCAUCAUGCUGGCCUUCAUGAACGAGAUCGUAACAUUACGGAAGAAUUAUUUGUUAAUCAAAAAAUACAAGUAUUGAUAGCCACGGCAACUCUCGCUUGGGGUGUAAACUUUCCUGCACACUUAGUUAUAGUAAAAGGCACCGAAUAUUUUGAUGGAAAGAUUCAACGAUACGUCGAUUUUCCUAUUACUGAUGUUCUUCAGAUGAUUGGUAGAGCAGGACGUCCUCAGUUUGACGAACACGGUGUUGCUGUUGUUCUAGUUCAAGAUAUUAAAAAAGCUUUUUACAAAAAGUUCCUCUAUGAGCCUUUUCCUGUUGAAUCUAAUUUAUUAAAAGUUCUUCCUGAUCAUUUAAAUGCUGAAAUUGUAGCUGGAACGGUGACAACUAAGCAGGAAUGUAUCGACUAUAUAACUUGGACGUAUUUCUUUCGCCGUCUUCUGAAAAAUCCAACGUUUUACAAUCUGGAAAGCACAGAACACAAUUCUAUAAACAGAUAUUUAUCUGGUUUAGUAGAUCGUUCUUUAAGAGAAUUGGAAAUAGCAUCUUGUGUAGAAAUUGGAGAGGACAACAGAGAAAUUACUUCAACUGUCCUCGGCCGAAUUUCGUCAUAUUACUAUUUAAGUUAUAAAACAGUCCAGAUGUUUCAAGAGAACAUGAAGAAUGGCAUGUCCAUGGAACAGCUGUUGAAAAUACUCACUGAUUCUGAGGAAUAUGACGAGCUUCCAGUUCGACAUAAUGAAGAUGCUUUAAACAGUGAUUUGGCCAGCAAUUGUCCGUUAGAAGUGGACAAAUACACGUUCGACAGUCCUCACACUAAAGCUCACCUACUGUUCCAGGCGCACUUCGGUCGUCUGCAGUUACCCUGUUCAGACUAUCUAACAGAUUUAAAAUCUGUUCUGGAUCAAGCUAUUAGAAUUUUACAGUCUAUGAUUGACAUUUCUUCUGACCAAGGAUGGCUUCCAACUUCGCUCCAGACAAUGAUUCUGUUACAGAUGACUCUUCAGGGAAGAUGGCAUAAUGAUAGUACUUUACUCACACUACCUCACAUCAAUAGUACAAAUCUCUACUGCUUUGGUAAAAUAUACCCAAAUACCAUCACCGGGCACCACGAAGUUUCUUCUGUUGAAUGCCUUCCUGAACUGAUUGCCUACGUCAGAGGAGAAUACGAAACUCUCGCUUGUAUAUUAAGGAAAGAGUUAGAGGAGAAUCAAAUCGAACAGAUUUAUGACACUUUGAUGAAACUUCCAGUAAUUAAUGUGUCCUUGGCUCUUAAGGGAUUUUGCGAAGAUUCGGAAAAAGAAAGGAAACUGUUCAUGGGACAAGUUGCAGGUACCAGAUCCGAAUCCCAGUGGAUCGAAGUUCAGGUGGACAAGGAAUAUGUUCUGAUGGUCAAACUGGAGAGGGAAAAUAGAAGAAAGAAAGGAGAGACUAAAGCUUUGGCACCCAAAUUUCCAAAACAAAAGGAAGAGGGAUGGUUUCUGAUUUUGGGUGAUGUUGAAAAACGAGAUCUGAUUGCCAUGAAGAGAAUUGGAUACGUCGGAACACAGUCUCGUCACCAGUUGGUGUUCUACACUCCAGAGAAGGCGGGGAGGUAUGUCUAUACACUGUUUCUGAUGAGUGACUGUUAUCUGGGUCUGGACCAACAGUAUGAAGUGUGCCUGAAGGCGACGGAACCUCCUGGUGCUCUGCCCUUUCGGAUCGGGUAUUCCGAAUAGGCAAAUUAAGGUGUAUAUGUAUACUUACAGAGUAAAUAAAUUUUGGAUAAAAAAGUUUGGUGACUAAACAUCUCAACACAUGUUGCAAAGCAACAGAUAUACCGAUCGCAUUUUAAGAACAUCCUAGUUUUGGUUGAAAAUUCCAGUGGGACGGCAUCUCUAAUUGCAACGGGUACAAAUAUCAUUUCAGAUACCAUAGCAUAAUUGACAAGUACUUUAAUAUUACUUUUGCAAAAUAUUCUCUUCAUUUUGUUUUUAUCCAUCAUAGUGGAGAUUUUGUGUUACAGCAUCGUGAUAAUUCUAAGCUAUAUAUUUUUUUUGGUGAAAAUAUUAUGAUAUAUUUGUUACUUUAAAGAUUUUUAAAAACUAGAAAUAUUAGGUUGGAUUAGACUAAAUACAGAAUAGGUUAUUCUAAUCUUAGAAAAUUAGGCACAGACAUAACAAGAUAAAACUGGCACCUGACGUCUUUGCCUCACCAAGGUAAAAAGAUUGCCAGUUCUGCCAUAGUCUCAUAAUAUACGUUUUGCUAACGAGAUAAACCUUCGGAUAUGUACUUGAAAUAAACGUUUCAAAUUAUCGUGCGUGUUUGUUUUUGCGUCCAACCAAAAGAUAUUUUCCCAAUUAAAAAUUUUAGUUUAUAAAAAUGGAUAUGCUAUAUUUGGCACCAUUCUCACAAGAAAGAAACAAGAAAGCCAAGCUUGGCAAUUCAUUGGUUUGCAAAUUUCUUACAAAAUCAAUUGUGAUAGGAUUUAAAAAACAAGCUAAAUGGUAUUAUAAAGUAUUAAUUAUUUAUAUAAUACAUAACUCCGGGAUUUUUGGGCUGGAAAAAGAUAGAGAAAUUGACAAUUAGACAGAAUUUGUAGAAAUGCAAAAGAAUAAAGUUAUUUGGGUUAUGACUCAUCAAUUCUUUGUUAGUGCCUUGGUUAUUUCAUAAA